UGGACAGAGGGAGUCGCUGCCUGCCGGAGUGGACAGAGGGAAUCGCUGCCUGCCGGAGUGGACAGAGGGAGUCGCUGCCUGCCGGAGUGGACAGAGGGAGUCGCUGCCUGCCGGAGUGGACAGAGGGAAUCGCUGCCUGCCGGAGUGGACAGAGGGAAUCGCUGCCUGCCGGAGUGGACAGAGGGAGUCGCUGCCUGCCGGAGUGGACAGAGGGAAUCGCUGCCUGCCGGAGUGGACAGAGGGAAUCGCUGCCUGCCGGAGUGGACAGAGGGAAUCGCUGCCUGCCGGAGUGGACAGAGGGAAUCGCUGCCUGCCGGAGUGGACAGAGGGAAUCGCUGCCUGCCGGAGUGGACAGAGGAAUGCCAUAGUGGACAGAGCGUGCACAGAGGGAUCUCUUCCUGCCAGAGUGGACAAAGCAGGAAGGAGAAUCGCUACCUGCAGGGAAUACAGUUGGGGCCCCUGGUGCUGGAAGAGGAGGGACAGACAACAGAGAGGGACAGAUCUGGAUCACAAGCCAAGGGCCAGUCACCCCUGUUCUCGAUACAACAUACUCCAACUGCAUGUAG